ACGUUGAUCGGCAGCGGUUGCGAAGCUCAGCCGGCGGCCGGACGAUGUGGAGCCUGAGGGAGGCGGUGCGUUGCGGGCAGACGGCGGCCCGGGCCUUGCGUGCACGUCCCUGGUACCCUCCAGCCUGUUGCCUUGUGAUUGAUGAUGGCCGAUCCUUUGCCUCCCAGGCCACCCAGGCGGUCCUGGAGAAAACGGCCACCGACUCCACAGCAGCGAAAUCCGCAGUGGACAGGAAGACUGUUGCCAUGGAAUCCAAGUCAUUCGCUGUGAACAUGUUUCGAGGUCUGAUCCAAACGGAGCAAGUUUUCCCCUUCCCCUCGGUUCUCAAUGAUGAACAGGCCCAGUUUCUCCAAGAACUGAUGGGGCCCGUCAGCAGGUUUUUUGAGGAGGUCAAUGACCCAGUGGCCAACGACUCUCUAGAGAUGGUGGAGGACAGUACGAUGCAAGGCCUGAAGGAGUUAGGGGCGUUCGGUCUGCAGGUGCCCUCUGAACUCGGGGGACUGGGACUUACCAACACACAGUAUGCUCGGCUGGUUGAGAUCGUUGGCAUGCAUGACCUGGGAGUGGGUAUCACUCUGGGUGCUCACCAAUCCAUCGGCUUCAAGGGAAUCCUCUUGUUCGGAAAUGAUGCUCAGAAGAAGAAAUACCUUCCGAAGCUGGCUACAGGUGAAACUAUUGCUGCCUUCUGUCUGACGGAACCUGGGAGUGGGUCUGACGCGGCCUCCAUCAAAACCACCGCCGUCAAGAGCGACUGCGGAAAGCAGUACAUCCUGAACGGGGGCAAAAUCUGGAUCAGUAACGGUGGGCUGGCAGAUAUCUUCACUGUCUUCGCCAAGGUGCCAGUGAAAGAUGAGAGGACCGGUGAAGUGAAGGACAAAAUCACCACGUUCAUUGUGGAGAGAGGUUUCGGUGGGGUGACCAGUGGUCCACCAGAGAAGAAGAUGGGGAUUAAAGCAUCAAACACGGCAGAGGUCCACUUUGAUAAUGUGAAGGUGCCCGUUGAGAAUGUCCUGGGCGAGCUUGGCGGUGGAUUCAAGGUGGCCAUGAACAUCUUGAACAACGGGCGAUUCGGCAUGGCAGCUGCCCUCUCUGGAACGAUGAAAGGAGUCAUUAGCCGGGCUGUUGACCAUGCUGCAAAUCGCACCCAGUUUGGGAACAAGAUCUACAACUUUGGUGCCAUCCAGGAGAAGGUUGCCCACAUGGCGAUGCUGCAGUAUGUGACAGAGUCCAUGGCUUACAUGAUCAGUGCAAACAUGGAUUCUGGAGCCACAGAAUUCCAGAUAGAAGCAGCCAUCAGCAAGAUCUUUGCCUCCGAGGCUGCCUGGACAGUUGCUGACGAGUGCAUCCAGCUCAUGGGUGGAAUGGGCUUCAUGAAGGAUGCCGGGGUCGAGCGGGUGAUGAGGGAUCUUCGAAUCUUCCGUAUUUUUGAGGGAACGAAUGAUAUUCUCCGCCUUUUUGUUGCAUUGAAUGGUAUUCAGAAUGCUGGGAACCAUCUGAAAGGUCUCCAGCAGGCAUUGAAGAACCCUGUGGGGAACGCCACCCUGCUGAUGAGCGAAGUCGGCAAGCGAGCACGGAGGAAAGUUGGACUGAGCACAGGCAUCACACUGAACAAUGUUGUACAUCCAGAGUUACAGGAGAGCAGUGAGCUGGCGGUGAAAGCAAUUGAAAAGUUUGGUGGCUGCACAGAAGAUUUGCUGUUGAAGUAUGGGAAGAAAAUUGUAGAUGAGCAGUUCUUGCUGAAGAGGGUGGCAGACAGCGCCAUUGACCUAUACGCCAUGAUUGUUGUACUGUCGAGGGCUUCCCGAUCUCUGAGUCAGGCCCACAGGACUGCACAGCACGAGAAGCUGCUCUGUGAGACCUGGUGCAUUGAGGCUUCGGCACGCAUCACGGACAACCUGACUGCCCUCAGUUCCAGCUCAGCCAAGCUGCUCUUCAGGAACAUGAGGGCCAUCUCUGCUGCGGUCGUGGGCAAUGGGGGCACCGUCACUCCUCACCCCCUGGGCUUUUAAGUGGUGAACCUUGCCGGUUCAUUGCAGCAGCCGUGGGCCCACUGACUCGGUCUUGUUUAUCAGGGUUUAACCACACACACUGCAGACAGCAGGUCUGAUUGGGACUCUUCACAGCAGUGAUUUCUGCAAAGGUUUAAUUGGUGUUAAUCUACCCAAAUCAAGUUUUCAUGGACUUGUAGACAUCAGCAUCAUCACCAGGGUUGUGAUCAUAGGUCUGUUGCCCUAUAACGUUAGUUUUUAUACUGGUGACUACAAGUCUGGGACAGUGUAGAGGGAGCUUUACUCUGUGUCUGACCCAUGCUGUCCCUGCCCUGGGAAUGUGUGAUGCUGAUGUUUGCCAGUCCUUGAUACUAGUAAAUAUUCCUGGUAAAAUUAGAAACGAGCAAUUAUCCUGGGCUUUCCAAGGGAUUUUCCAGAGGCUGCAGCCUGGUUGGGUCUGCCCUGGUAAGGUGGAGUUGAAUUCCACAGAAUAUGUGGGUGCCAGUUCAAUGCAAUGUCCCAGCUGGGUUCAUGGCUGUGGUGUGAAGUGGUGGCCUCUCAGGUGCUGCCAGCUUUGUCCAUGCAGCUUCUGAGCUCAGCGUCUUCCAUUUUGCUGAUUUAAACCCAUAAAUGAGAGGCAGGAAGCAGAGAGUGAUUCAGGGGGUUGUGAACGCUCCUGUUUUGUGUGUCUGUGUGCCCGGGGCAGUGGUUGUACAUAUUGUCAGCCCUGCUCUGAAGACCCCUGACUGUUUACACCCACAGACUCCAGUAGUCUUGUGAGCUGUGAUCACCCCUGAGGCUUCUCCAACUCCCACCUGGGGCUGGGGAGAGCCUCCCAGCUCAUCGACCCCUCAUCCUGUUGGGGAUCUUCAGUAGGUCAGCUCCUCAUCCAGCAUCCUCCCUGUUUGUCCCAGGGGUGUCUCAGGCCAGCUUCACAAGAGGGUUCAAACCCAACCUUUCGCUCAAAGAAUUAACCCAUGGUGCUUCAUUAACUCAGAGCCAUACUCUUACAUACCAGAAAGAAUGUGUUUAAUCUUUGAAUUCAGGUGUGGCCUUUUUUGGGUUGGAGUUAGGAGAGGGAGGUUUGUGAUUAACCCAAUCCAUGCUGGCCCUCAGAGAAGCAAUGUGUUGGUGUGGAGAGAUGUCCCUCCUGGAUUGGUGCAGAGCACGCACACCAGGACAGAGCAGGGAGGGGAGUGGCUGCGCACCUCUCUGGGAUCUGUGUUCUGUAAACCCUCCGCACAUACAUUCUAUUGUGGAUUUUGUAAGUCGUCAGGAGAUGACCUCUGUCCUGCAGGGUGCGUCAAUUUUAAAACCAAAACGCCUUUUUGUCAGGUUUAAUUCAUGUGUCAACUUUACACCCUGUAGUUUAACCCCUCUUCACCUUAGUCUGAGAGUUGGGGAGAAGACUGAACCAGGCAUUGAACUCUCCUGGGUCACAGCUCCCUCCAUCUGCCCUUCUCCUGCCUCUGACCCAGGUCCUCUCAAAGAGAGGAGGCCAUUCAGCCCCUCAAACCUGCUCUGUCAUUUACUGAGAUCAUGGCCAAUAAUUCCUCAUUCCAUUUGCUGCCAUCCCUUGAUCAUAAAUUGAAAUUUAUUCACUCCCUCCAGUUUCACACUUUAUAUAAUGGACAGUUUCUGAGUCCCUCUACUGAUGGGAUUGGAGCAGGACAACCCCUCGUUCUAUGGUUCCAUCCAUCAAGAGGACACAUCUCUCUCUGUCCAUCCCAUCAGUGCUUCCAAAACCCCGAAGAUCACCUUGACUCUUCAAAGCUUCAUGGAGCAGAAGCUAAGUUUCUGGAACCUUGCUGAGGUUGGCAGGGCCGUGGGGAUGAUUGGAAGCCUUACACAGGGACAGUGAGCUGAGUACACGAUGGUGAGCAAGGAUGAGUAGGAGCUGCUCGAGGUUCUCCCUUUUCAUCAGGGAAGCGACCCAUCCUACCCAGUGCAGAGCUGGGUCAGUGGAGGGGGAGGGUGGUUCCUGGGUGCCUGCAGCCCCUGCCUUAAAUACAGUUCUCAAUCCUUACAAUUGUUUUGUAGAGAAGAUCAGGUCUAAAAUAAAACAGCUUCCUUUCCAAAUCA